ACUAAUCUUAUUUGCCACAUACUUAAAAGAAAAUAAAAACAUAAACAUGUUUAAUGACAAUAAUGAAAACGAAAAUUAUCCAGCUUCAUCUCAAACGACAGGCAAUCCUGCUGUUGGUGAUUUUCUACUGCCGCCAUCAACACUGGCACCUACAAAUCAGCCAUUACAACACACAUCAAACGAAAUGUCAAACGAACAAAAGCAACGUAUUCAAGUGCCCGAUGCACUAAGAGAGGUGCUAUUGGAAUUCUCCAUUGCCUAUCUGCUGGAACAGCCAGGUGAUGUUGUUGACUUUGCCGUCGAAUACUUUACAAAACUUCAAGAGAAUCGCCGACAAGUGGGAUUCAUUCGUGAAACGGAUCGUGGUUCCGUCGACGAUAGUGUCAUGUCUCAAGAAGAAGAUGAUGAACCUGCUGCACCACGUUUUUCCACACGUCGUAAGUCUGUCUUUGCUGAGGCCUAUGAUCCAGAAAAUGAUGCUGAUGACGAUGAGGGGGCCACUGCCGUAUUUCCCAAAUCAGAUGAACAGCGCGCCCGAUUAGUUGAAUCGGUUAAGAAUGUUUUAUUAUUCCGUUCCUUGGAAAAAGAACAAAUGAAUCAAGUACUGGAUGCCAUGUUUGAAAGAAGAGUAUUACCCGAUGAGUAUAUAAUACGUCAGGGUGAUGAUGGUGAUAACUUUUAUGUUAUUGAAUCCGGUACAUACAAAGUUAUUGUUAAUGACAAUCAUGUACAUACAUACAACAAUAGUGGUAUAUUUGGUGAACUGGCUUUACUCUACAAUAUGCCCAGAGCUGCAACUAUACAAGCGGAAACAGAAGGUUUAUUGUGGGCUAUGGAUCGUCAGACUUUCCGUCGUAUCCUAUUGAAAUCCGCAUUUAAAAAGAGAAAAAUGUAUGAAUCAUUAUUGGAUAGUGUGCCAAUGCUAAAAGCUUUACAGAAUUAUGAACGUAUGAAUUUGGCUGAUGCUUUGGUUACCAAACGUUUUAACAAAAAUGAAAGAAUUAUUAAACAAGGUGAUGCUGCUGAUGGCAUGUAUUUCAUAGAAGAAGGUACUGUGGCCAUUAAAAUGGAUCAAGAUGGUUCGGAAAUAGAAAUUUCCAAACUAGGCAAGGGAGAAUACUUUGGUGAAUUGGCCCUGGUAACACAUCGGCCACGUGCUGCCUCUGUCUAUGCAGAUUGCGACGUUAAAGUGGCAUUUUUGGAAACCGAAGCCUUUGAAAGAAUUUUAGGUUUCCUUAAAGAUAUCAUGAAAAAGCGGGUGGGCAUUUAUGAAUCACAAUUAAUUGAAUUAUCAAGAAAAACUAUUUGAAUAUUUAAAAAAUAUAUUUCAAUUAUUUUACAAUUUGUAUUGUUCAAUAAAAAUUUAUGAAAAAAAUCUAAAUCUGGCAGAAAAGAAAAGCAAAAAAAAAAAAAACACAAAAUUUUUUUAGGUUUAAAUCCUUUACUCCUAUGGCGCUUGAAUGCUAUUUGUCAAAAUUAUUGUUUUUUUGUACUCGUACUGGUAAGACAAGAUUGGUGUUAAAAGAUUUUGUAAUGAAUAUUGUAAAAAGAAAACUGACUGUCGUUUUAACCCAAAAAAUUAAACUGCAACAGCAUGUGCCACUUGGGUAAAAAGUGUUUUAUAUAAAAUUCUGCUUUAAGUAUAUAUUUUUUGAUUUGCAUAUAUUGUUGUAUUUUAUUAAUACCACAACAAAUUAUUAUUAAAUAUUCUAUUACACGUAUCUAUGUACUUAUGUUUACACACAUAUACACUUACAAAUAUAUUUAUAACACUUAUGUACAUUACAAUUUGGUGAAGGGUUUAGUUUAAAAUUUAAUAUAUAUUUUAUAUUGGGUGUUAGAGAAUUCUUUAUCAUUUUUAAAUUUUUAAUCAAAAAGUGUUAAAAUUUUACCCCAAAUGCAACAUACGAUCGAUGCGACACCGAUUGAAAUAUUUGAUACAAAUAUUUUUAGUAUAAAAACUUUAGUCUAUACUUUAGUGACUCAAGUUUAGUCCAAUUAUCUCAAUCUUCGGUUUAAAAUAAUUUUUGUAUAAAAACUAAAUUUAACGUUACCCUGCAGGAAAUGAAACGAUAAGAACAGACACUAGUACAAAUUGGUUAAGAGUUUAUAUGGAAAAAUACUAGUACUAAGAGUAGUUGAAUGGCGCCACUUGUAGACUGAGCUAAAGCACCAAUUAUGGCAAUUUUUUAUGAAUAUUAGAACAAGUAUCAAACUGGUUCUAAAGAACCCAAUUAGAUCCAAGUAUACUAGUAUAAGUCUAGAACUAAUGGUACUAGUAAUUUUUCAAACGCAUUCAAUGUUAAUUUGAGCAUUAUGAUGGCAUAGGAAAAUUUACAGUUGGAAACUAGUACUGGUGAUUUUGGUACAAGUUAAGUUUAGUAGUUUAGUACUAGUUCCAUUUCCUCCAGGGUAGGAAUAUCAUUGAAAUAAUGGGGGUUAAUCUAGUAAAAUUCGAAAAUUUAUUAUUUUAAUUGAGUUUUAUGUUUGUGGAAAUGUGUGUAAAUCGAUAUAUAAUUACCCCUAUUUUGCAUUUUCAUUACGUUUCUGCAUUUAGUUACAUAACGAUUGAAAAUUGGUAUUCCAACAAAAAACGUUAUCGUAAGAAAAAGAAGAAGCAAUUUCAUUUUAUUUUAAUGCUUUACGAUUUUUUGUAUUCUGCAUUACGAUCGUAACUACAUUUUUUGUAAGUUGUUAUUAAAAGAAUCGAUAUGCAAAAUACCAAAGUUGGCAAACAGAGAAAAUUUUGAUUCAAAUUGAAAUGUAAAUAAGAAAAGCCAAACAUUUUUAACCCAGAAACCAGAAAAUACUUUUCUAAAGAAUCAAAAGCCGAACCACAUCAGAUUUUUGACAUAUCAUGUCCUUAAAAACCCCUGUUUUUGACUACAUUUGAGUCAGUCUAACAACGAGAACACAGCUUUACUGAUAACAUCUGUUAUGUUAUCUGAAAGUCCAAUCUAUCGACUUAUAAAUAACCGAUUUUAAUUUACGUCAUGUCUGCUUAAGAGCGCGCCUUUAAAUUGAUAAUCAACUAUCAAUUAAUAAUCAGACUAGUUAAUGUAAAAAUAAAUUUAAUCUGAUGUUCCCCUUUAAAGUUUUGUAGUACAAGAUAAAUCUUUGCAAUGAUGCCAUAUAAAACAACAGAAAACAUCACUUUUUGUUAUCAAAACAAUGCAUGUUUUCUAAAAAAGAAGAAGACAACUCUAUGUUGAAUUCUUAAACUGCACCACUUAAUUUAAAAAGAAAACUAAAGAUUGGCCUUAAAUUUCUAAAAUACGAUCACUCGAUAUCUCAUAAACCUUUGGAGAGGGUUUUUGAGUUGGCAAUAAAAUGUCAAUUAAUAAUCAGAUUAGUUAAUACAAAUAUAAAUUGAUUCUGAUGUUAAUCCCCUUUGAUGAUUUUUCAGUAAAAGAUUAUACUCAAGCCUCCUCGAUUGGACGUUUAAACUAGCAAACCGAUUGUGUACUCAAAAACAACUUUCGAGGUUUAAUUUUAAUUUAAUCCCUAAUCCUUCACCUAAUGAUUGGCCCUUAGAAAUGUAUACUUUUGUCUUUCGGUUAGGACUAUUUUCAUUUUUUUUACUUCUAUGUAAUUAAAAACUUAAUAGAAUUAUUUGGUCUUUAGUUUUAAAUUUAGUAUGUAUUUGUGUUCUAACAUUCGUAACCUAACCCAAGUGAUCUCUGAAUAAUUUUACACCGCUCCUAAGGAUGAAAAUACUUUUACAAUAUCUGAGUAUUAUUUCGUUUCCUAUGAUGUAAGUUAUUAAACGGAACACUUCAAAUUACAAACUUUAUUUGUUUCCACGUCAAUUGGAUCUCCGCUCCAGAACGUCCCGAUUUUCAAUAGGCCAAAGAUUGUCAAGUCAGCAAAAGAUGUAUCAAUGAAAAGAACAUCUAGUCACAGCCAAUCUGUUACAAUAAGAAACUAUUUGAAAUUUGAAGUGUAUCGAUCUCUAUUGUCUUUUCCUAAUACUGAUGAGAUAAAUGAUGACUUUUUGUCACUUAUUAAAAACCUUAAGAAAAAGCUCUAAGCUUUUGUAAUACCCCAACAAAUCACUAAUUUAUUUGUUAAUAAUAUAAUUUUAAAUGUAUGUAUUUUGUGUCCAAAAUAUCUAUUAUCUAUAUUAUUUUAUGUGUGUAUGUGUGCUUUUCAUCUAUCUACCACAGCAUGACAAUCUACAAAGUUUUGUAACUAGCAAUUUAACCAAAAAAAAAAUCACAUUUUAACAAUUAAUUUUCAAUAAACACUAAUUUUUAUUAAAACAAAUUUCUCUUAAUCUUUUAAAACAGUCCUAGAGGUUGAAGCAUUCGAACGUUUAUUGGGCCCCUGUAUGGACAUUAUGAAGCGUAACAUAGAUGAUUAUGAAACACAAUUGAUAAAGAUUUUUGGCAG